AUGUCCCCACUCCUGGCUCUGGGACUCCUGGUGGCUGGACUCUGCUCCAGUGUCCACUGCUUCCCAGAGAAUGUGACCCCUGUAAAACAGCACAAAGGGGCAUCUGAGGAUGACCACACAUUAGCCUCCAGCAACACCGACUUUGCCUUCAGCCUGUAUAAGCAGUUGGCUUUGAAGAACCCCAAUAAGAAUGUCAUCUUCUCCCCUCUGAGCAUCUCCAUAGCCUUGGCCUUCCUAUCCCUGGGGGCUCGUGGCUCCACCCUGACGGAGAUCCUGGAAGGUCUCAAGUUCAACCUCACAGAGACCCCGGAGACAGAAAUCCACCAGGGUUUCCAGCACCUCCUGCAGACAUUCAAUCGACCUAGCAGUGAGCUGCGGCUGAGCGUGGGCAACGCCAUGUUUGUGCAGGAGGAGCUGAAGCUGCUGGACAAGUUCAGGGAAGAUGCCCGGGCGCUGUACGCCUCCCAGGCCUUCUCGACCAACUUCAGGGAUCCUGAAGCUGCCAAGAGUCUAAUAAACGACUAUGUGAAGAAUAAAACCCAGGGGAAAAUUGAGGACUUGUUCAAGGACCUUGACCCGCUCACAAAGGUGAUUCUGGUGAAUUACAUCUACUUUAAAGCCCAGUGGAGGACGCCCUUUGAUCCCAAACAGACUUACAAGUCAUAUUUCCACUUGAGCGAGAACAAGAGGGUGGAGGUGCCCAUGAUGAGUACUGGGGGCCUAGUGACCCCUUACUUUCGGGACGAGGAGCUGGGCUGCACGCUGGUGGCGCUCACAUACACCAGCAAUGACAGCGCCCUCUUCAUCCUCCCCGACGAGGGCAAAAUGCAGGAGCUGGAAGCCAAGCUGAUCCCGGAGACGCUGACGAGGUGGCGAGAAUCACUGUACCCCAGACGGAUACAUGAACUCAACCUGCCAAGGUUUUCCAUCUCCAGUGACUACGAUAAGCUGGAAGACAUACUUUCCCAGCUGGAAAUUAAGAAAGUCUUCACCCAGGAGGCAGACCUGUCAGGAAUCACAGAUGACCACAAGCUAGAGGUUUCCCAGGUGGUCCACAAGGCCGUGCUCGACGUGGGCGAGGAGGGCACGGAAGGAGCUGCCUCCACAGGAAUCAAGGUGGGAAUCACGUCCAUAAACGAGAUCCCCUUGAGCUUCAACAGGCCCUUCCUGAUCGCCAUAGUUCUCAAAGACACCCAGAGCAUCAUCUUUCUGGGGAAAGUCACCAACCCCAGUCAAGCCUAG